AUGGAGUACCGUUAUCUUGGUCAUAGUGGUCUAAAGGUAUCAACACUGUCGCUCGGUGGUUGGGUCACAUUUGGCGCUCAAGUACCACUUGAAACAACCAUAAAAUGCAUGCAGGCCGCUUUUGACCACGGAAUAAACUACUUUGAUACAGCCGAAGUUUAUGCCAGCGGUAACUGUGAAAUCGACAUGGGCCAGGCAAUAAGGCAUCUAAAGUGGAAACGUUCUGAUUUUGUAAUCUCCACCAAGGUGUUCUGGGGAGGGCAGGGUCCUAAUGAUCGAGGACUUUCCAGAAAACAUGUCGUCGAGGGAUUACGGGCUUCAUUACAAAGGUUGGGUUUGGAUUACGUCGAUAUCGUUUAUGCUCAUCGUUACGAUCCGGAUACGCCAAUGGAAGAAGUGGUUCGCGCCUUUAACUUUGUAAUCGAACAGGGAAAAGCAUUCUAUUGGGGCACCUCAGAAUGGCCUGCAGCACAGAUCGUUGAAGCGCAUACUGUUGCCAGAUAUUUAAAUCUUAUUCCGCCUUUGUUGGAACAGACUCAAUAUAAUAUGUUCCAUCGCGACCGUUUCGAAGUUGAAUACCACACCCUCUUUAAAGAAUACCGCAUGGGUGGCGCCGUCUGGUCCCCGCUUGCCAGCGGUACACUCACCGGCAAACAUAACAAUGGAAUUUGUCCGGGCUCCCGGUUAGACAUUGCUGAUAAUCGUGUUAUGACCAUGUUAAAAGAAAAGUGGCUUAGCGAAGAGGGGAGGCAGCAAAUGAAAAAGAUUAACAGGUUACAGAUAAUUGCACAAAAAUUAAAUGCGACUCUUGCGCAAGUAUGUCUGGCAUGGUUGAUAAGACAACCAAAUGUGAGUACAGUAAUCAUGGGUGUGUCUAAACCAGAACAAUUGGAAGAAAACAUGGGUGCUUUGCGCAUUGCCCCCUUGUUGACACCAGAAAUUUUUGCGGAAAUCGAGUUAAUUUUGGAGAACAAACCAGUGCUACCAUUUAGCUAUAGAGAUUCAUAA